AUGGGUUACAGCGGGGUAAAGCGAGUACAACAGGUUACAGCGGGUACAAUGGGUUACAGAGGGGUAAAGCGAGUACAACAGGUUACAGCGGGUACAAUGGGUUACAGAGGGGUAAAGCGAGUACAACAGGUUACAGCGGGUACAAUGGGUUACAGAGGGGUAAAGCGAGUACAACAGGUUACAGCGGGCUACAAUGGGUUACAGAGGGGUAAAGCGAGUACAACAGGUUACAGCGGGUACAAUGGGUUACAGAGGGGUAAAGCGAGUACAACAGGUUACAGCGGGUACAAUGGGUUACAGAGGGGUAAAGCGGGUACAACAGGUUACAGCGGGUACAAUGGGUUACAGAGGGGUAAAGCGAGUACAACAGGUUACAGCGGGUACAAUGGGUUACAGAGGGGUAAAGCGAGUACAACAGGUUACAGCGGGUACAAUGGGUUACAGAGGGGUAAAGCGAGUACAACAGGUUACAGCGGGUACAAUGGGUUACAGAGGGGUAAAGCGAGUACAACAGGUUACAGCGGGUACAAUGGGUUACAGAGGGGUACAUCAGGCUACAAUGAGGUACAGAAGGGUACACCGGUGUACAACAGCUAA